GCGGGCGGUGCGCCGGUGCUCCAGUGUGGGGAGUGUUUGGUUUGAACAGGAGACACAGAAAAGUUAGUCGCGGAUUCUUCUUCAUCUUCUUCUUCUUCUUCUUCCUCUUCUUCCUCCCUUGUGCUCUUCUCCUCCCUGGUGUGUGUGCGUGUGUGAAUCCGCUGCAGCAGCUUCAUCAUCAUCACCCGAACCUCAGCUCAGCAUCAUGGCAAACAAACCACAGCAGCAGCAGCCGCAACCUCCUCACCUGCACCUGGCCGAGGUCACCGCGUCCCAGUUCCUGGACAUCUGGAAACACUUCGACGCGGAUGGUAAUGGCUACAUCGAGGGGAAGGAGCUGGAGAACUUCUUCAGGGAGCUGGAGAUGGCCCGGAGAGGAGCAGGAGUGGACCCAUCAAACCCCAUAUUCAGAGAAAAGAUGAAGGAGUUCAUGCAGAAGUUUGACAAGAACAAAGAUGGACGAAUUGAGAUGUCAGAGCUGGCCCAGAUUCUCCCAACUGAAGAGAACUUCUUGCUGUGCUUCAGACAGUUUGUCAGCUCCAGUGCUGAGUUUAUGGCGGCAUGGAGGCGAUAUGACACAGAUCGCAGUGGCUACAUUGAAGCAAAUGAACUGAAGGGUUUUCUGUCAGACCUGCUGCAGAAGGCGAACAGACACUAUGAUGACCAGAAGCUGCAGGAGUAUACACAGACCAUACUCAGGAUGUUUGAUCUGAAUGGAGAUGGGAAGCUGGGCCUGUCAGAAAUGGCAAGGCUUCUGCCUGUUCAGGAGAAUUUCUUACUUAAGUUCCAGGGUGUCAAAUUGACCAGUGAGCAGUUUAAUGCCAUCUUCACAUACUAUGACAAGGAUGGAAAUGGCUACAUUGAUGAGCAGGAGCUAGACGCUCUGCUACGAGACCUUUACCAGAAAAACAAGAAGGAUGUGGACGUGAAGAACUUAACGGGCUACAAGCAGAGCAUCAUGAGCCUCUCUGAUGGCGGGAAGCUCUACCGUGGCGAGCUGGAGAUCGUCCUCUGCAGGGAGCCAAUCGUGUGACUCCCUUCUUCUCUCUUUCUCUCUCUCUUGUUUGCAUAUCAUCAUUUUCUCUGCCUGCCCCGCCCCAGCCCGCUCUCCUGAGAACACACCCACUUCCAGCUGCCUGGUAGUGUUUACCAGGUGCAUGUGCCGGACACUCCCCCCCUCUCUCCCUUACUUCCUCCCUCCCUCCCUUCUUCAUCGUCUCCCUGAACCCACCCUAAAGUGACAUCAUCAGAGUGAAUGAUAAGUUCACAUGCAGCGCGCAACAGCUCUUCUUUCUUUAAAACCCUCUGUUUUCUGCAGCCCAGUGUGAAACCUUUUGCUUUUUGGCUUCUCAGACUUGUCCUCGUGUGCUUUACAAGUUUCUGACCUCGUCCCCCGUCUCUGCCGCCCGUGCUGUGCCUGACCAAAAGCCCAAACCCUAUAUUCCACAGACAUCUCGAGUGGUUGCUAACCCCUGAACCUUGACCCCGGCUUUAUUCAUUGACCCCUCCAUCCCCACCCCACCUUGCUCUGUCCACUUUGCAUUAGAUAAAAUAUAUAAAUAUAAAUAUAGUCUUUAAAAACUGCAGACGGUUGAAUUCAUAGUCUGUGAUGGAACUGAUGUUGAUUUUUUUUUUUUCUCCAACUUAUAUUCAUCUCAGAACCCUCUUGAGUCCAUUAAUCCUCUCCUAUACGAUUGCCAUUAUAUGAUUUUCAUUUUCAAUGUUUGUUUUUGGCUGAUGGUGUCAAAUGGAAAUAUGAAUAAAAU